AUGGAAGGCCAUGUAGCAAUGGAGUGGAAGGAUCCUAAUCCAGGCCCAGAAUCCUUGAUGAGCUUCCAAACCAGAGCUGUUCGACCAGACACCAUAGCGGGGCACAGCAACGAGGACGUUAAAGCCGGAUUUGAGAAGCAUGGCUUGUCAGUCGCCAUAAGCUCGCCUCAGGAGGAAGGUCGGUCACUGCCACUGACCCCACAGUUUGGCCAGAAGACCAGUCCUGGCAGCAGCCUCGCCGAGAGGAUGCAGGCAAGAACUGGAUUCAAGGUGCCGAAGCUCAACAUGCCUUUCAGCACAGCAGCUGGAGCUGAUAAUUCAGUACCAGGAGCUCCAUCGCCCUACCUCACAAUCCCGCCAGGCUUGAGCCCAGCAACGCUGCUGGAGUCACCAGUCUUCGUUUCUAAUGCCAUGGGCCAACCCUCGCCAACCACGGGGAAGCUAUUCAUGCUUGGUGGCACAAAUGACAAUGAUCCUAUUAGAUUUGGAGGUCCUCCAGUUGGAGAUGGCCCUGAUGCUUUUUCUUUCAAGCCCUUAGAUCUGAAAUCCUCACACUACACUGCUGAAGCAAUGAAGGUUAUGAAUGAUAAAAUUUGCUUGCGUACUAAUGAUAGAAGGAACAAAAUACUCAGUCUUCUGUCAAGACUGAAACUAAAGACUCAGCCAGUACAAGAGGCUAAUUUGCUGGGCCAACUGAACCAGCAGAAUCACAAUGUGCAGACCAAUAUGAAUAGUGGCGGUCCUCGUGACUCCAAGCUCAGCCGUCCUGCAUCUGGCGCCGGUGCAGGCAACGAACACGUAUCACCCCCGGAUUACGGCCAGACAGCUGAGGAAGGUGACGCGAGGGAAGACUACCCGGCAAUGGCCGCAACAGCCCCAGCAGACGACGGGUACAGCUGGAGGAAGUACGGGCAGAAGCAGGUGAAGCACAGCGAGUACCCGCGCAGCUACUUCAAGUGCACGCAUCCCAACUGCCUGGUGAAGAAGAAGGUGGAGCGCUCGCUCGAGGGGCACAUCACGGAGAUCAUCUACAAGGGCGCGCACAACCACCCGAAGCCCACGCCGAGCCGCCGGCCAGGCGUCCAGCAGCCCGUGCACCCGUUUGGCGACGCCGGUGUGCAGGCGGACGCGGUGACAACAACCUGGGGUCACAGCAGGCAAACGCAGCGGAAGUCAACCACCAGCCGUGGCGUGCGGGUGUUCAGGAUGGCAUGGACGCCGCGACGUCGUCGCCCUCAGUUCCCGGUCGAGUACGCACCCCGCGGGUUUGGGUCCCCGGAGGGCGCGGAUGUGACGUCUGCUGCGACUGACGAGGUGGACGGGGACGACAGGGUGACUCUUGGCAGCAUGCCUCAGGGCGGUGCCGACGCGGAGGGCGACGAACUGGAAUCUAAACGAAGGAAGCUGGAGUCAUAUGCCAUUGAUCUGAGCACUGCGUCGAGAGCUGUUCGCGAGCCUCGCGUGGUGAUCCAGACGACGAGCGAGGUGGACAUCCUCGAUGACGGCUACCGCUGGCGCAAGUACGGGCAGAAGGUCGUCAAGGGCAACCCGAAUCCAAGGAGCUACUACAAGUGCACGCACCCGGGGUGCACGGUGCGGAAGCACGUGGAGCGCGCGUCGCACGACCUCAAGUCCGUGAUCACCACGUACGAGGGCAAGCACAACCACGAGGUCCCCGCCGCAAGGAACAGCGGCGGCCACCAGAGCACCGCGGCGGCGGCGGCAGGCGCGGGUGGCGGCCCGCGCAGGCCGGAGCACCCGUCGUCGGUGCACGACUGCCUGAUGAUGAGGCACCUGGGCGGCUGCGGCGUGCCGUUUGGCCUGCCGCCGCCUAGCAGGGACCCGCUGGCGCCGAUGGGCAACUACCCGACGUACCCCUUCACUGCCCUCGGCGGCGGCGGCCCCACGUCGCUGCCGAGCCUCCCGAUGCCGGCGGGGAAACUCGGCGCCGUGGAGGGGCUGAAGCUCCCGGUGCUGGCAACGUCGUCGCCCCUGCACCAGCAGCACCCGCUGCUGAGGCACCGGCAGGCGAUGCAGGCCGCCGCCCUCGUCGCGGCGCCCAUGGCAGACGUGAAGGUCGAGGGCAACGUCGCCGGCGGCGUUACCGCUGCCCCGUCGUCGGUGUACCAGCAGAUGAUGCGCAGCGGGCUGCGGCUGGGCCACCAGAUGUAG